AUGGACGACGCUGCGAGGCUCGUGUCGGAGCUGCACGACAAGCUCGCUGAGCUAGAUGGCAAAGUGGCCGCCUACCAGCGCGACAUGUUGGCCGAGUUUCACAAGCACAUGGAGGACUGUCUCAAGGACUACCCAGACGACGUCUCCAGUCAGGUGUCGCGAGUCAUCGCCGAGUCAAUGUCCAGGUACCCGGCUCUCAGUCCGACAAACCAAGACAUGGCCGACUCGCCCGCUACCACCACCCAUCAUAAGACACCAGGUUGGAAGGGCCGCAAGUCGCCUCCCCCGGUUCUCCCCCACAGAUCUGGCGUGCCGACAAAAGAGGGUCCCCGGAGUCCGCACGAGCGGGAGAAGGAGUUUCAGGGUGUCUUCACGCCGACAUACCUGCCGCUGCUCGAGAGCAAUGAGCGUUCCUCCCAUCGACCGCCACCGACAUCGCCGGUACCGGUUCCUUCCGUCGUUCAGCAGCCACAGCAACAGCAGCAACAACCACCACCACAGCAGCCCCCCCAGCAACAAUUACAGUCACCAACCCCUCUGUCUGUCGACAACGUCAAAAAGGUGGAGGAAAUCAAAAAGCCCGAGGCCCCUGUCGAGGGUAGGCCGGAUCCGAUCAGGCGACUGACCGACCGAUCCACAUCGUCGGUUGAGUCCUCGAGCAGCGAAUCCAAGGUGCGCAGAAGUGCACUGCGCCGGAGCUCAAGCUCCGUCAAGGGUGCUGCGAGCCCAAGACGGGUGCGCUUCGACUUUUCAGGAGAGGAGGUGUUCCCGUCGUCUUCCCCGCAGCAGGCAGCCAGCCUCGUGGCUAUGGCUGUGGAGGAUGACGAGGCGGACAAGCCCAAGGCUGAGCUUCUGCCUGUUGUCGAAACGUCAGCCACCUCGGCUACUGCUGUCGUAGAGGAUGAGUCACCUGAGCCGGAAGAAGAGUAUAUCGGAACGUCGCUCCUCGACGUGGAAGGGGAGGAGGAUUGGCUCCCAAGACCCAAAAAGGUUUCUUCAACCCAAGCUUUGCAAGCACUUACCCGCAGCCCGCUGGAAGAGGGUUCAUUUUGGACUGUUGUUAACGCGAAUAACAAUGAGGAGUCUGGAAAGGUGAAUGGUCAAAAAGAGAAAGAGACCAGCACUUCAGCCCCAGCUCCUGUCAAGGUUGACUCUCAGGCUACCCUUCGGCCAGUUGACGGUCCGGGAGAAGAUAUCCCAGUCAUCGGUCUGCUUGGCUCACCAAUUGAAGAAUUAGAGCAGUAUGUCGACGACGACAACGAAUCCGAAGAGGAGUUUUUGUCCAUGCGGCCCAAGAACAACAAGAAGUCGCCCUCGCCAGGCGCCCAGACACCCUUCAAGUCGCCAGCCGCUUCUCAAUUUGGGCCAUCUAACCAGACCUCCAAGGCAUCCGGGCCGUCAAAGACUAACGGAAAACAAGACAUCCUCGAAGAAGACCCCCUGUUCGACUUUGAAGAUGGUGAGAACGGAACCGGGAAAGCAGAGAAAUACCUCCUUGAAGAGGAAGACGAUGAUGAUGAGGAUGAUGACGGAGUGGAGGUCCGCAUCCCACACAGACCAAUGAGGACGACACCCACGCCCCUCCAGACCGUACUCGAGGACGAAAACAAGAAACACUCUCGCACAACCAGCUUGCCACCAGUGUCUCCAUCAGCAGUCCUGUUUGGUCACAGUAUUGGGUCAUUUAGAGGCAACUCUAUCUCGCUAAACCCCAUCAAGAACACAAAACUCUAUGAUGAAAUCGCCGGGCUUAAGGAUGUCCACUUCUUCGUCGGUAGUGUCGACGGACGUAGUGGUGCCGAGGCAGCCGAUAUGGGGAGCUACAGAGCGAUGUCGAAGGGGGUGCCAGCUGUGCCGAGAAGUUUCACCGAGAGGUUAGCCAUCGAGGAGGCGAUGGAGCGGAGGAGACACGAGGAUGAUGAUGAGUAG